ACUGUGACACUCACACUGAAUCGUCAUUGGUUGAGAUGCAGGUUCAUGCCUUGUUUUUCUUUUCUCCCUCAGUAAAGAUUCUCCAAAGAGCUGUGAACUCCUCCACAUGAGAAUAAAGCCUGGAUCUGUCACAAUGAAGCUCCUCCUGGUUCUUUUCCUGCUGGUAAUCUCCAGAGCGGCUGCAGGGAAGCACUCUCUGAAGUAUUUCUUCACUUCAUCCUCUGAAGUUCCAAAGUUUCCAGAGUUUGUGGCUGUUUAUUUGGUGAAUGAAGUUCAGAUCAUUCACUAUGACAGCAACACGAGGAGAGCAGAGCCCAAACAAGACUGGAUGAACAAAAUCACAGAAGAUGAUCCAACGUUCUGGGACGAUGAAACUGAGAGGUUGAAGCUGAAUCAGCAAACCAGUAAAGUAAACAUUAAGAUCUUGAAGCAGCGCUUCAACCAAACUGGAGGUCUUCAUAUUGUCCAGGUCAUGUAUGGCUGUGACUGGGACGAUAAAACUGAUGAAGUGAACGGAUUUGAACAAUAUGGUUACGAUGGAGAAGAUUUCCUGUCUUAUGACUUGAAGACAGAGACAUGGAUCGCUCCAAGACCACAGGCUGUCACCACCAAACUCAGGCUGGACAAUAACAAAAGCUAUCAGACAUAUUUAAAAUAUUAUUUUACCCAGGAAUGUCCUGAGUGGCUGAAGAAGUUUCUGAACUAUGGGGGGAGUUCACUGAUGAGAAAAGAUCUUCCCUCAGUGUCUCUCCUCCAGAAGACUCCCUCCUCUCCGCUCACCUGCCACGCUACAGGUUUCUACCCCGACAGAGCCGACUUGUUCUGGAAGAAAGACGAGGAGGAGCUCCAUGAGGACGUGGUCAAAGGAGAGAUCCUCCCCAACCAUGACGGGAGCUUCCAGAUGAGCGUUGAUCUGGAUCUUUCAGGGCUCAAAGAUGAAGACUGGGGGAGGUACAGCUGUGUGUUUCAUCUGGCUGGAGUUCAAGAGGACGUCCUCAUACCACUGGACAAACGUGUGAUUCUGACCAACUGGAGCAGUGAUGAAGGGUUUCCCUUUGCUGCUGCUGCUGCUUUUGGAUUUGUUUGCAUGAUCAUCCUGACAAGCUACAUCUCUGGACGCCUCAUUGAUAAAUGGUGCAGACGCAUCAACAUUGCUUGAAGUUCAUCAAAGGAGAAGAUCCAGCUGUGAAGAAAGUGAAUACAUGAAGAGAACAGAUCAUAUAAAUAAGUCUGUAGUCUCCAACGUUACGGUCUAACCGAUCAAAAUCUGACAGCCGAUUCCAGAGACACAGACACUUCUCCUUAACGCUAAAAGAGCUGGUCACAGAUUCCUAGCUCAGGCUUGGUGACCUUGCGGCCGUUCAUGAGCUUUGUGGUGAGUUGUACUCGCUCGUUGUUCAUUCAUAAAAUUAUAUGCAUCUAAUCCGCGUCAUCAUAGGUCUCCGGUCUCGUAUGUGUGGGCUGCCUUGUAGUACCUCGCUCUCUAUUUUUGCGGAAGCGCUUUAUUGACUUACAGCUGGGUGCGAGGUUUGUUUUCCCCCUGCUGCUCCUGGUUCAGAGCGCCGCCUUGGUUUCCAACCGGGCCUCCUCUUCUCCCCUGAUUUGGUACUCCUCUCUGGAUUUUUUGCGUUCCUCUCCUACUUCCUACUGGCUCCUUGUCUGCCGCUACGGAGCACUGUGAGCAGGGUGAUGUAUAGACUGUUGGACCGAGCGACCACUUGAGGGCGCUGGUGCCUUCCACAAAGACUAAGUGUGCGCUCUAAAACAAAAUGAAACCAAAACAAACUGCUGUGUGAAAGUGUUUGGGUGGAAAAUAUUUUAAACCAACCGGAAAUGUUUUAUUUGAUUAAUACACUGUAAAAUAAAGGUUAUAUUUUUUUUCUAAA